CUGUGUCCCAUGACAACGUCAUGCACUAUGUUUUAUGGGUCCUCCUCCACCAUGGCUCCACCAUCCAAGAGCAGACUGAAGCGUCAGAGCCGGAUUUUCUCCCAGGUCUUGUACCGGACACUGAGCUACAAGGACCGGAGCUCAGCAUCCUCCUUCCCCGCGGCUGGCAACGAUGAUCCAGCCGAGCUCUCCACCCAGCUUUCUGCCCCGGGUGUCCUGAAGAUCUUUGGAGGCAACAUCUGCGCGGGCACCAACUACAAGAGCGUGCUGGCGACGGGGAGCUCGGGCGCGCGGGAACUGGUGAAGGAGGCCUUGGAGCGGUACGGGCUGAGCCAGGUGAACGCAGGCCAGUACGUGCUGUGCGACGUCAUCGGCCGGUUUGAGGGCUCGGAGAAGCGGUGGCAGACCGAAGGGCUGAGGGUCCUCGGCGACGCCGAGAAGCCGCUCCUCAUCCAGGACCUUUGGAAGCCCAGGGAGGGAUUUUCCCGACGGCUGGAGCUGCGCAAGAGGGCAGAGGUGGAGGAGCUGGCAUCCAGGGACGUGGACACCACAACCGCAGGUCAGAGCCGGGCGCAAACGCUCCCCGUGCCGGUGCUCGGUUAUUACAUCCCAUCUUCAAGCUCGCCCUUAUUUUUCGUACUACCGAAGAUCGGGUCUGGGGCGCGCCCAGGUUUUAGCUCCGUCUUCCGUGCCGUAGGGUCCAAGGAGUCUCUGUUCUCCUCGACCAUCACAGCCAGCGAGGAGGCGAUGACGGUCCUGGAGGAAGUCAUCAUGUACACCUUCCAGCAGUGCGUCUACUACGUCUCCAAGUGUCUGUACGUGUCGCUCCCCGCGCUGCUGGAGUGCAACCCCUUCCAGAACGAGGGCCGCGAGACGUGGCGGACGUCGCCCGCGCUGCCCGAGGAGUUGCGCAGGGUUGUGCUCAUCUACCAGGCUGUGCUGGACCUGCUGCGCCAGUACGAAGUGCACCCAGAGAUCACCUCGCAGAUGUUCGCCUACCUCUUCUUCUUCUCCAACACGCUGCUCUUCAACCAGCUCCUGGACAAGGGCUCCUCUCUCGGCUGUUUCCACUGGUCCAAGGGCGUGAAGCUGCGGGCUUGCGUGCGGCUGCUGCUGGAGUGGCUGCGCGGCAAAGAAGCGUCCACUGCAUUCGAUGUCCCGGAGGUGCGCGAGAGCCCCGUCCCUGCCCUGGGAAGCACCUUGGGCCCCGCGGCUUGCUGCUCCCCGGGGGGCUGCGAGGAGCCGGAGGCGGACGGGGGCCUCCCGCAAGAGCACCCCAGCAGCGAGCCACAGCUCCAGGAGAAGCUCAAGCAGCUGCAGCUGGGGCGAGGCGCGGCCUCAAAGGGUGGCGUGCUGCCCGUGGACACCUCCUACUUGCUGACACCACCCACCACCCCCCUGAACUUCGACUCUGGGAGCCUGGAGUCCCCCCAGGGCCCUGGCCUGCAGGACGCACGCAGGAACGGGCUGAACAGCAUCAAAGGCAGCACCCCUGAAGGAUGCUCUCCGACCCCCUAUGACUACCCCACACCAGCAUCUUCCAGCCGCAGCUCUGCCACUGAUGACUUCUGCUACGUCUUUGUAGUGGAGCUGGAGAGAGGCCCCAUCGGGCUGGGGAUGGGACUGAUCGAUGGCUUGCACACCCCUCUGAGCUCUCCGGGCAUCUACAUCCGCACCCUCAUCCAGGACAGCCUGGCGGCCGCGGACGGCAGACUCUCCAUCGGGGACCGCAUCCUGGCCGUCAACGGCACCAGUCUCAUUGGGGCAGACUACCAGAGUGCGGUGGACCUCAUCCGCUCCGGAGGGAAGAAGUUGCGGUUCCUGGUUGCCAAGUCAGAUGUGGAAAUAGCCAAAAAAAUCAGUUCCAGCUCCUCUUCCUCCUCUUAGCUCUUGUGGUAUGAGGGUUGUUCUGCAGCAGCAGCUUCUGGGUGCAGCUCUGGUUAAGGCUGACCUCCUGGAGCCUGGAGCACAAGAGGGAUGGCCAGGACUCCACUACUGCCCUCAAUUUGCUUUUCAACAUCCUGCCCUGUGCUGCAGUGGAUGAAAGGAGAUGCUUCUCCCACUGCAUUGGCUGGG